UAGUCCUAAUGUUGGACUGACCAGGCUGACAAAAACAAUAAUUUGUACGAGUACGAGCAAUCACUAAUUUUAGAAAUCGUGGUACCACACGAAGCAGCAAGAGACCUUGUUCUGCGUUCAUUGUCGGCUCUUAUUGUGACAUCUGCGUUUGUUGAAUCGGUGAUAAUUUCGACCUAAUGGUCUAGAUCAUGCAAAAUAGAACCGAACGACCGUCAACUAUUGUGUGUAUUGCGUAUCGUCAAUUAAGUACAAUGAUCGGCAUUAAAGAUCCGACUGAACCACCGAAGCUAGAGCAACUAAAACAAGGACAUGAACAAAUGAAUUACGCAAUGAAAUCCGUUACUAUUCAAAAUCUGGAUUUAGCAAAUAUUCAAAUGCAUUUUUUCGAGUUCUCUAAAGGCAUGGCAGACAAAUUCAGGUCAAUAUUGGAUAACUUGAAAGCUCACAUUCAACGGUUUUAUGAACAAAACCAACCUAUAUUUGAUUUAUUUUCUUUACCACAACUACAAGAAUGGUCUGAACGUAAAAAAUAAAUUAAAAGUGUGGAAAUAUCAAUGUUUUUUGAUAGAUUCAUGUUUUUAAAAUUCAUAGUUAAAAGAAAU